GGCAGACAGGAAGCGAAUGAGAGGAGAAGAAAAAAGUAAAAACCGCAUUCGAACGAAAACACCGACGCACAGAGGUCUCUGCUUCUGCGCGUGGAGAUUUAUGCACCGCAUGCACACAGCCACACUCGCUUUAGCGGGUGUCAUCACACUGACGGACAUGCCCAGAUGGAAAAGAACGACGAAAAGGAGACAGCAGGAAAACUGCUUCAAUCAGAAAGCCGUUUUCUCUCAACUGAACACUCAGAUGUCCACGUGAGUCGAGACGAAUGUUUCCAGAUUUCUCUCUCUUCACCGACUCGAGACACAGACAUGCAGACACGGCGUCAACGCAGCGAGACGUUGGCGCAUCUGCAUGCGCAUGCACAUCGACGUUUUCGCAGUUCCUUUGACGACGCGGAAGAGAGCGUCUUUUGCCCCCUUCUCUUUGUCACUUUUUUCUCCUCUCUUCUCAAGUGUCGAAACAGGAUCUGGACUGCAUGCCAAGAUGGAGAUGCCGUGAGUCGCGACAGCAGGGCUGGACCCUGCAAGACACCGCCGGCGAUUUACACUUUUUUGUACGCCUCUCUUUGCUGCUGGUCUCUCUUUUCUAGCGUCUGCCCUCUCUCUCUCCAGUCCUCUCAUCUUCUUUUCUUCUUCUCUCGUUUCAAGUCUCUGCGUCCUCGCCCAGUCGCGACCGACCUGCCGCGCCUCGUGACUCUUUCCCGGUUGUCUCCUCAAACUUCCACCUGGGGAAGAUCCGAAGAACUUCUCCCUAGAGAUGGCCUAAGGAAGAUGCGUUCUUUUCAGCCUUUUCUGCCGACCUUGUUUCUUCUUCUCUUCUCCCUGCUGGCUUCUCUCCAGUCCUCGCAGAGCCGCUUCGUCCGCUCUCCACCACAUGCGAGCUGCUUGGGGUGUAUGUACACCCCGAGGUCCGCGCCGCGGCCUUGGCACUCCGUCGCUCCCGCCGGAGUGUCUCGAGUUUCUUUGUUCUUUCCUCUCCCUGCCUGCAGUCUCCAAGCUCGCCAGGGGCGCUUGUUCUCUCCCUCGCCUCCUUCUCCGGAGUCUGCUGCUCUUUCCUCUCUCGUCUCUCUCUGCUCCAACGCCUUCCUGUCCCUGCCUGGGUCGCCGUCACUCUCUCCUUCUUUCCUUUCUUCUCCGUCCUUUUCUUCUUUUCGUUCUCCUUCCUCCACUUCUCCUUCCUUGUCUCCGUCGCCGCGUUACAAUGCAUCUGCUGCAGCUCGCCAGCGUGGAUCUCCUGCCGCAGUUGUCCGCCGUCUGCGUUCUCCUCUCAGUCUCUGCUUCUCUUCCUCUCUCCAGCCUGCGUCUUCUUGCGCGGGGCGCGGACUCUCCCGGCAGCUGAUCCGCGCUCGGCGGUAUCGGAAACGAAAUUCUUAUUCGCAGCCAUCUCUCCCCUCGAGAGAAAAAAAAAUAGAGAAACAGACAGGCAAACGCGAAGACGCACGCAGCAGAGGAGUGCGACAUCCAGUAGAGGGAGAAAGAGAUGAAGGAGGAGAAGGCAGAGAGGCAGGCAGAGAAGAAGGAGAAGGCAGAGAGGCAGGCAGAGAAGAAGGAGAAGGCAGAGAGGCAGGCAGAGAAGAAGGAGAAGGAAGAGGAGAUGAAGAGCGUGGAGGGAGAGGAGCAGGGAGGAAGCCGAGAGAGGGAGAGGGAGAGGGGGAGGGAGGAAAGCGCGAGGAGAGGUGGAGGAAGGGAGAGAGAAGAGUACAAAGAGGACCCAGAGGCAAUCGAGUUCGCUGGGGCUUGAAGGUUGAAGGUGUCGAUCGAUUGAUCCCGACGAAGAGACGCCGGCGGGAGUUUCUUCGACUCUGGAGGUUCUGUGCUCGCAGUCCGCCACCGUCGCUUCUCUCUCUGUCUCUCGCCCUCCUGCGCUUAUCGCCUGAUUCGAGCCUGUCGGAGGAGGCUCGGGUGUACAGACAGCUGGAGCAGUUCUUCUAUCACCUCCACUCCUACCUCGGGCGCCUCUACGCCCUCAGGAAAGCCGCCGUCUCUCCACAGCUACCUCCAGGGUCAACGCAGGUCACACAGAGCGUCAGUAAUCUCCCUUCUUCUCCUUCUUCUUCUUCUUCUUCACCUUCUUCUUCUCUCUCUUCGUUUUCCUUUGCGUCUGAAGCGCACUCCAGCGACGUUUCCUCUUCCCGGGCAUCUGCGGGGGAGACGGCGUCGCCGACUCUCUGUGAAGCGGCAAGGAGUCGAGAGAGAGAACCGGAGGGGGAAUGCGGAGAAGCUCGGAGCGAAGGCCAAUCGUGCGGCGAAGAGGAAACGAGAGGCGACGGGGGACAUGUCCGGAUGGGCUUCGCAGCUUUGAAGAGCGAGGCAGAUCUAUGUCCUUCUUCCCUGCAUUUCUCUUCUUUUUCGAGAGCGUUUAUGAAGAAGAGAGACUCAGCCUUCCUCUGUGACCUGUCUACGGCGGAGAAGCAGCUCGCCACAUUCCUCGCUUUCUCUGAGGACCUGCGGAGCGAAGGAAGACGCCGAACGCGACGAAAACGUUCUCACGGGGAGUCGGUCGGAGACGAGGAAAGCGCUCUUUUCGCAAGCGCGAGAAAGUCGCGUCUCUUCCCGUGGAGCGUCGCGAAACGCGAGAGCGACAGGCGCGCGAGACGCGGCGCAGACCUCGAGGACUCGGCGGGAGAGGCGAAGAGACUUUCUCUCUGCUUCAGAGAAACGAGAAGGUUGGAAAGGGGGAAGGCAGGAGACUGGCAAGCUUCUCUCCCGCCUUUCUUUGCGCUGCUCCACCACCGCAUGCAAGCCUUCUGGCGACACCACAGGAAACGACUUCGCCGGCGCAUCAAACGAAGCAAGGCGCUGCUGCGACAGCUGCAGACAGAGAACGGCGACGCUCUUCAGGCCGAAGAGAGACGUGCGGGCGUACGAGCAGGCAGGAGGGAAGGCGAAGACGGCGGCCGAGAGAACGCACCCGCCAGCGAGCCUGGCAGAAGUUGUGCAACGCGGCGCGCUUCGUCUGAGAAGCGAGAGAAGGUGAAAGGACCACAGCGCAGCGAAGAAGAGAAUUGUGACCAUCACGGCGAGGAAGGUAUCGGCGAGGAGAAGAGCAGUCGAGGCGAAGCGGACGGAGACGCUGAGAGAGUGUCGCGAGGAGAGGCGCUGCAACGACGCUUGAAGAGUUCGGGAUUCAGUGGGGAAGACCGAGGAGCUAAAGAAGAGAGCAGGUUUCCCUCCCAGCGUUUCCCUGUUCUCUGGACUACGCCAGCGACCUUCGUCCCUGUGAAGCUUCGCGUCCAGCGCCGCGCCUGCAAUUUGCUGCUCGCGCUGCGAACUGCAGACUCGCCGGCCCUCGCCUCGAAGCUGAUCGAGAGACUCCUCAAGUUGCCUCUCGUUCUCUCUGGAAAACGAGACGAAGUCCCUCGCGCCGGGCCAGAACGAAGACUCGCGCGUUCUCGCUCUUCUUCCUCUUCGCCCUGUUCCUUCUCUCCUCACUGUUCGUCUUCUCCUCUUUCCGGUUCUCUCUCCGCUUGGCCGCGCCGCGAGUCUUCGGUCCAUCCGCGGCUCGCGCGGUUCUGCGUCGGACUCUGUGAAGGAGGCCGCGCAGAGGCGGACAGAGGCGGAGCGUCGUGGAGUGGAAGGACGAGUGCGACGCGAGCGACAGAACAAAGGAAAGAAGAAGAGGCAGAAUCGGGUGGAGAAGAAGGAAAAAACGCGGAAGAAGAAAGAGAUUUUGAGAGGGCGAUCUGUGGAGCAGUGUACCUUCGAGCGCUAGUGGAUGCACAGAGAGUCGGAGCUUGGACUGUGGGCCGGCGUCUCUGGGAGAAAACUGUCGAGGUCUCGGAGUCGGCUGCGGAGACAGUUCGCUUCUGGACGGCCGUGGCGUCUCUCCUGGGGAACGCCGAGGCUCUCUGUACUGCCCUCGUGAGCGCGAGCCGCGCCGUCGGCCGCUCGGGGCGCGUAACGUCGAGCGACAGAGGUCCGGAAGAGACCGAAGCGUUUCUCCCGCUCUUCGCGUUCCUCGGAGAAAACGUUUUCUCUUCUCGCGGACGCGAAGAAGCCUUCCAGGCGCGCAGAGUCGCGGCGGCGCGUGGGCACCCAGAAAAACAGGUCUCCUUUUUCGGAGCUUCUGGGGAAGAGAGAAGCGCGACGACGGCGGCCAGCGAAGACCUGGACUUGCUUCCUUCGCAGAGAGAGAAAACGAGGGCGCUGCUAGUCGCGGCAGUCGCAGACGCCCACCUGAGAGGCGGGAGGACUCGAGAAGCUGUUGUGGGGGGUCUGGAGUUUCUGGAGAGUCGCAAGUUGUUGCCCAGAGAAGGCGUUCCUCUCCAGGUCCUUUCGAGCGGAUGUGACUCCACAGCGCCUCAGGAGAGAGACGGCGUUCCUGUAUCUUGCCUCUCCGGCAUGAAGGCGUCUCUCGCCUGUCGGCUGUCCCCAGAAAAGACAAGGCCGGCAUCAGAGAAAAGCACCGAAUCCGAUGAGGCAGGGAGCGGAUUCGAGAAGACACGAGGAGAAAAGAACUCGCGCUUCUGCUUCGCUCGUCGAUUCUCCUCCUCCGCUCUGCCGGAAGACGCUCUCGUGGUAGAACAGGUCCUGCGCGCUCUCGCCCUGGAGGCUCGGCCAAGAGAGGCCCUCGCGCUGCUCAGACUCACGAGGCCGGCGCUGAAGAAAGCCAUCAACACUCGGUGGAAAGCCUUUCUGUGUGAGUCUGAAGAGGAAGAGCGAGAAGAAGAAGGAGAAGAGAGAGAAGAAGAAGAAGGCAACGGAGGACAGACAGAGGGUGAGGAAGGGAGAGACCAAGCAGAGAAAGGCGAGAGGGAGAAGGAGGAAGGCAAGCGAACAAAAGAGAUUUUGUCGUCCACUUCGACUUGGGUGUCGCGUCCGGGCGUCUCAUAUGUUGUUGUAUCUCCUCAUUCGCUCGACGCGCGGCUUCGUCAUGCGCUUGCCUAUCGUCGGCCGUUUUCUUCGUUCUCCUCAGCUGACUCUGUGUCGGCCUUGCCUGAGUCUCUGUCGCUGCUCGUGGAAUGUGAGCGCGCCCUCCACCGCUCGCCACAGCGCGUCCUCGAGGCUUUGAGAGCUGUGGCGAGUCUCCUGGGGGAGCUUGCAGUACACCGCGACAUCGAAGAGAGCGGAGGAGACGAAGGGAGAGCAAAACGACUCCAGAGAGGAGCGUUCCGCGAAGGCGAGGACCGCGCAGAGGAGGCAGGCGUCGCUUCCGAGGAGCGAGGCGAAGGCGAGAACAGUCAGAAGACCGAGAGCGAGAGGAAAAGGACAGAAAAAAACAGUUCGCUUCAAGCUCACAGAGUGACGUCGACCGCCGAGGGCAAGCGAAGCCUGGAAGGACGAAGCGAACUGCGGCCGGCAAGAAGGGAGGAAAACUCGCGACUUCGUCAACUUCUCUCUCUCAUGGAACUCACGGCAGAAACACUCGACUUUCUGCAGCCGGAGAAAGAAGGAACUCGCGCCUCGCCCAGGGUCUCCUCACAGUGGGUGAACAGCGACGAAGCUGGCGAGGAGCAGAAGCGCAGAAACCAAGAAAAGAUGUUUUUGAAAGCGACAGGAGAAGAGGAGGAAGAAUGCCGUUCUGUUGUUAAAAGAAUUCUGAACGACCUUCCCCAUGUCGACUGCGUCCUCCAAGGCCUCGUUGUGAGUCUCUUUGAAGAAGCAAACCUCCCGCGAGUUGCUCUUCUCGCUCUCGACUCUGUGCUCUCGAGUUCGCUCCCCUCUGUCCACCCCAGAGUCGAAGCGGGCAAAGACGAAGACGAGGACAAGAGCAGAGAAGGAGAGGCGCAGAAGAGACAGCGGAGGGAGGGAGAGGAAGGAAACGAAGAGCGAGAGCAUGUAAGGCGAGAGGGCAGAAAUGGAAAGGAAGAGGGCGGGAAGCUGAAGGAAGAGACCCUGAAGAGAGAGUUAGAGGAGACAACUGGAGAGAGACAGAACGAGAUUCCUUUCUGUUCGGCGAGCCUUGGGGAGGAGCCUGCCUCGACUGUGCAUGCAGAAAGGGGGAGUGAUGCGACAUUCUUUCUUCAGUGGAGAAGAAGACUCGAAGCGAAGACCCGGAGAGAGGCGCUGAGAGAAGAGCUAGAGGAGACGAGAGGAGAGAAGAAAAAGCUAGCAGAGAGAAACGAGGGAGAAGAAGACUGCAGCGCGACGAAGCCUUCAGGAAGAGACGAGAGAAGAAGUCGAGGACGAGACGGAGAACCUCCGGAAGAGAGAAGGGAGCCAGGAGACGCAGAACACUCAGGAAAAGAUGGAAAAGGAAAGCCGCGAACUUGCCCUGCGCCGGACAAGGAAAACGAGGAAGGCGAGAGAUGCCGCGAGAUCACAGGUAGUCCGCAUCUGAGUCUAGCUGGGAAGGGGAGCUCUCCGCCGCAGCUGAAAGUCCUCGAGAGCGAAGACAUGUCAGAGAGAGACGAAGAAAAGAGAGAGGAACGCACAGAAGGUGAAAGUGACAGAGCAACAGACUGUACAGAAGAGCGAGGAGAUGAGAGAUGGCGUCGACAGCCGUUGUUUUUCUCGACGAAGACCCUGCCUCCCCUUCCCUUCCAGUUCGCUUCUUUCACUGAGGCACUGAUUAGACAGAAUCAGAACUGUGAGGCCGCUCUCCUGCAUUUCUGCAGAGGAAGUUCGGCUACUUCUCCUGCCAAAGACGUUCUGCGUCGCGCGCAAGUGGAACGAAGGCGCUUAGUGAGACGGGGAAUGACUGCGUGUCUCCCAACGCCGCCGCCCGAGGCAGUGCAGCCGGAAGCUGAGAGCGACGAGCUCGCAAACCGCGCGUCCUCAUCCACUCUCACUCGAAGGUCAGACAACCGGAGCUUCACUUUCUCUCUGCAGAGUCGACAGCUGUGGAGAGAGUUCUUGGAGGAACGCGAGAGGCGACGGCGCCGCCGAAACUGGCGCAUUCACCUGAUGCUUUCAGCUCGCGUUCGAGCGCGUAUGCGCUGGGCGCGCGCUUUGCCGCGGUCCUCGCCUUUGUCGCUUUCUCUUUCCUCGUCACUCUUUCCAUCCACCUGCUCCCGCAACUCGUCUUCACACUGCAGCCGGUAUUCCUCCUCUCCCUCUUCUUCUUCUCCUCUCCCCUGCGAUUUGUCUUCCUCUGCGUCUCUUGUGUCUCCGUCGUCUGGCGUUUCCUCGGCCGUGCAGUGCGAGUGGAUUGGCGAGCGGCGUGUGAGGGCGCCGGUGGCGGUCGCGGUCCUCAUGGCGCAUGCAGCCGUUUGGCGAGACUUCCCGCUGCUCAUCUCGCUCUUCUGGGGUCUCGCAGAAAGACGGAAACGGGAGAGAGAGGAGCGACUACGCGACAAAAACGGCGGCGAGACGACGGGGAGAAAAGGUGAAAGAGACGCCGACGGACCGAGCCGACCGCCUCACCACAGGAGCCCCACAACAAGGACGAAGCCGACGACAGCAGCCGCGCAGACGCGACCGACAGAGAAGGAGAACGGAGAGGCAACGAGCGAGAGAAGAGAGGAAACGAUAGGAAGAUCCAGAAACGACGAACGCGAACUGGAAGACCUUGCCUUUCAUCGAGCUGUGCACAUGGCUCUAGAAGGCUACAAGGCUCUUGGGCUCUCAGCGCUUGCGCUGCAGGUCGUGGAAGUCGCGCGCUCUCAGUUUGGGGAGAAGAAGGACGCAGACAGAUGCAAAGGACGACGAGAAGGGAGGGCAGGCGAAAGCGGAGAUUAUGGAAUUCGAGAAGACAAGACGCCUCUUGAUCGACGCUGGACGCAAACGACGAACACACUUCCUCCCCACCCUUUGUGUCCUCUCUGUAUCUCAAAUAUAUCUCCUGACCUCUCCUGUUUCUUUUCGCCGUAUGGCCCGAAGUCUUCAUCUUCUCCGCUUGCUUCGCCUCCUUCUUCUUCGCUUUCUUCUUCACCUCGCGCGUUGCCCUCCGUAUCAUUGGAAGCCUGCAACGCUGCUUUGUCGCACAUCUGUCGGUGUCUGCGUGAGGCGUCUCUCUCCUUCCACUACUCCAGUUCGCCUGGCUGGUCGCUGCAGCGAUCCGCCGACCUCCCGUCGCCAAGGCCGCCGCCCAGGGGCCAUGGCGCGGCGCCCUCGACUUUGCAUUCUCUCCUCUCGAGGUUCUGUCCAUUUCGCGACGUCGAGAGAGACUCCCUGGCGCCUCGAGAAAGAGAAGAGGAAGUGAAAGAAGAAGCAGCGAAAGAAGAAACAGAGGGAGACGGCAGGGAGGAGGCUGCAGGUCGCAGGUUGAAAGAGCGAGAAGAGGAAGGUCGGAUGCAGGAGAAAAGAGAAGAGGAAGAACGCGAGAGAAAAGGCGAGAGAGCACAGGGAAGAGACGGCUGGAGAUCAAAGUUUGAGGCGCUAAGAGGCCGAGCAAUGGAUUUGAUCAGACGCAUGCUGUACGAGAAAGACUGGCCGAAGCCUGACAAGGUUACCUUUCGUCUCCUUCUUCGCCUGACAUGUCUCUUGGGCGACAUGUCUUCUCUGCGGCUGCUUCUUCGCGCGCAUACGCGUCUGGUGGCGCCUGGGCUUCACAGUUUCUCCCCCGACCUUUCCGAGAACUGCUCGACUGCGUCCGCCAGUUCGCUUCGCUGGACUUCUCCUCGCUUUCCUCUCUGCAAAAAUCCAGUUUUUUCGACCGAGCACGCACGGGACGCUUCCCCCUGCGAAGCCCCGCCUUCAGGCGACAGUGGCUGGCGUGCAGCUCCGCUGCCAUCUCGCUCUCUCUUUACAGCGGGAAGCGGACAGCUUGGAGGCAGGAAUUCUCCGUUUUCUCCGGAACUUCGACCGGAUGGUCGCGACCCACCAGCAGACGAAACGACGGGAGAAGAAGCGUCGCUCGAUCGUCUCGUCUCGGGGGGUGCGUGGAAAGGAGUUCGAGAGACUUCGCGACUUUCCAACGACGCAGGAGCCCCAGAGGUGGAGGCCGAGAAAGGAGACAGCGAGACAGACAGAGGAGCCAGCAACGGGGGGAGAAGCGACAACAGUGGAGACGAGGAAGAGGCAACUGUGGCUCUUGUCAAGGCUUUUCUUGAGAGCGACGCAGGACACAGUGGAGUGGAAGGCGGCGAAAAGAAGCGCGUAGCCUCGUACGCUCUCGCACAACAGGUCGUGAGGCUUCUUGAGUUCCACUGGGAGCAGCGGAGACGCCGUGUGGGCGAGAAGAGAGCAGAAGCGAAGUCUUCGGAAAAGACAGAGCUCGGCGCGGACAACGCAGACUUCGUGACGAGCAGAUCGCAGCCAGGACCCUGGAGAGAACCGCGACGAGCAGGGCGGAAGAGCACAAAAGAAGAGUCAAACGAGACAGAGACAAGGAGACACGGAGCUGUGCAACCAGAAAAGGAAGGAGAGAGCGAACGACGAGGGCAAGAGAAGGAAGGAGAGAAGGAAGGAGAGAGAGGAGAGGAAUCCGAAGAUGGGGAAGAGAGAGCCGGCGAGAGAGGAGAAGACUUGGAGGAAGAACAGAUGAAGCGAGAGGCGAUGGCCUGGUUCGCUGCGAAUAAUUUAUGGAAGCUGCUGCCUAACGUGGUGAGGUGGCGGACUUCUGACUCGGCGUCGAUGUCCCUCCGACAAGAAGCUCAGCCAGAACAAGAAACGGAAGAACCGGAAGGAGAAGGCGCGAGUUUCGGGAUCCAAGUCGACCUGCGUCAGGUGCCGCCAUGCCUUGUCGAAGCAGCCCUGGUGGAGAUGGAAGACACUUUGGAGAAGGAAAUUGCGAGGCUGCGGAGAGGCCAGCGAGCGUUUCUCUUCUUCACUCCGGGCGCCUAUCCCUCGUCUGUGGCCGCUGCGCGCCUCGACAACCUCCGCCGCACCGCCGCCGUUUUAUCCUUCUUCCGGCGAAAACCAAGGCGGGGAGACGCGCCAGGUUCCUCGUCGCUCUCUCGCCUCGAGCGCCUGGGCGUCUCUCUGCGUCGCCACCCGCGUCUGCGAGACUCUCUUCUCCUCGAGCCGGUCGACGCACGCAGAAGGACGCCGUCUGAGGAGCAAACUUGGGGAUGGAAGGGGAGGGCGAACCGAGGGAACAGUGAAAUGGCGAGAGAGCUGAACGAGCAGAGAGUCCAGGGAGGCGAGGAGCGAGGAGACCGAAGCAGAGAUAGCGAAGAAAAGGUGAAGCAAGAGGAACGACGAGCGAGCGAGGUCCAGAGAGAAGGAACAUACGAGGAAGAGUAUCGGGUGCGAGAGAGCGUAGGACGGCGGUCGAGGGGGAGAGAAAGGACGGGGAAGACUGAGAGUGCGAGGAAAGAAAAUGAGAGAAGAAGAGUGAGAGAAGAGGAAAUAAGGAGAUCAAGAGGGAGAAUGAGAGAGCGAGAGCUGAGGACCCUGCAGGGGGUACGUGAGCGUUAAGGAACAGGGAAGCUCUGAUUGGCAAACGCGAAAUGGAAAGGGGAGAAAGCCGGAAACAGUCUGUGUCACUUUUUUUCUGUGGAUGUCUGUGAUUUAUUCAGUGCGUAUAUCCCGUGUAGUCGUGAUUAUGACUUGCAUUGGUUGAAUGCGCCGGGAACUGUGGUGUCGCGCGCCGGAAUUCCUGACUCGCGCCUCGAAAACUUUUAAAGAGAAGAAGGGAGACAGAUUCUCCGGACGUCCAUUCUUUCGAAGAAAAACGGAUCCAU